CAGACGGAGGUCUUUUGCCCCGGCCGAUUGGCAAAGGACUCGGCGUCCUUUGAGCCGAUCGAAAGCGAGGGUAACGUUUUCUUUAUUCGUCUUUGUCGUCCUUCCGGAGACGGAACGGGAGAGCCCGGCGCUAGCAAAUACGUUUGCGCAUCUAUCCCACAGAUCGGGGGAAGCGAUUCAGAAGAGGCAGCUGCGGCGGCGGCGGCUGCGCGCAAAGUUCAGAGGAGGCACGCAAGGCCGCCCGGACAGCGGCUAGCAGCAGAGAUUCAUGGAAAGAUCUUUGCAACAAGAGCCCCAAGUGCUCAGAAUGGAAGAGAGGCUAAAGAAUGCUGGCUCCAGUGAGGCUGGGUCUGCCCACCUGACCUUUGCCACUAUCAUGCUGUGUCCUUGGCGUGUGAAGCUGAAGCUGCUGCUUGCCACCGUGACUCUGGUUUUCCUCAUCUCAUGGCUUUACCUUUUUAUGGAUGGAUGUUCCCUUAUGCUGCCCCCUUGCUUUGGGGAACAGUCAAGUCGGUACCUUGACCAUGAAGCUUUGGCAUCCCAGGUGCGAAAAAUGGAAGAGGAAAAUCAGCUGUUGAAGCUGAAGCUCAGCCACUCUCAGGCACAGGAGGAGACCUUGGGUAGAAUGGACUCCAACCAGCAGUUCAUCAAAGAGCAGGAAGGAAGGAGCAACUAUAGUGGUUGCCCUAAACAGAGGAUGGUUCAGAAGUGUGAGCUCCUCCAUGUUGCCAUUGUUUGUGCUGGAUACAAUGCAAGCCGGGAUGUAGUUACCUUGGUGAAAUCGAUCCUCUUUCACAGGAAGAACCCUCUCCACUUCCAUCUCAUCACAGACUCAGUGGCCCGACAGAUACUACAAACGGUCUUUCAGACCUGGAUGGUGCCCUCGGUUCAAAUUAGCUUUUACAACGCUGAUGACUUGAAGCCAGACAUUUCCUGGAUCCCUAACAAACAUUACUCUGGAAUCUAUGGGUUGAUGAAACUGACACUCACUAAAGCUUUGCCCUCUGACCUUUCCAAGGUCAUCGUCCUUGAUACUGACAUCACAUUUGCUACUGACAUUGCGGAGUUGUGGGCUAUCUUUGGGAAGUUCUCAGAUAAACAGGUGAUUGGACUAGUGGAAAACCAAAGUGAUUGGUACCUGGGGAAUCUCUGGAAGAACCAUAAACCAUGGCCGGCAUUGGAUCGUGGCUUCAAUACAGGAGUGAUCUUGUUGCUGCUGGAGCGUUUACGCCAUCUUGGCUGGGAGCAGUUGUGGCGGGUGACAGCCGAGCAAGAGCUCAUGAAUAUGCUCUCCACCUCACUAGCAGAUCAGGACAUCUUUAACGCGGUGAUUAAACAAAAGCCAGCCCUUGUGUACCGGCUCCCUUGCUUCUGGAAUGUGCAACUCUCUGACCAUACCCGUUCAGAGCAGUGCUACACGGAGGUGUCGGAUCUUAAGGUGAUUCAUUGGAACUCCCCCAAGAAGUUGCGAGUCAAAAAUAAGCAUGUGGAAUUCUUUCGGAACCUUUAUUUGACCUUCUUAGAGUAUGAUGGCAACUUGUUGCGCAGAGAGUUGUUUGGCUGUGCCAGCUUGCCCAGUGGCCAGCUCCAGCAAGCUCUGGAAGAGCUGGAUGAAGACGAUCCUUGCUAUGAUUUUCGGAGGCAAAGCCUUAUUCAGCAUCGUGUCCACCUCUUCUUCCUGCAAUAUGAAUUUUCAGGGUCAGCUGAUGAAAUAGAUGUAACUCUCAUAGCUCAGCUGUCCAUGGACAGGUUGCAGAUGCUGGAGGCGAUAUGUAAACACUGGACAGGCCCCAUCAGCCUGGCUUUGUACAUGUCUGACGCGGAGGCCCAGCAGUUUCUACGCUAUGCUCAAGCAUCAGAGGUGCUGAGUAACCGUGAGAAUGUUGCCUAUCACAUUGUAUACAAGGAAGGGCAGUUUUACCCAGUCAACUUCUUGCGCAACAUGGCCCUGAAAAAUGCACAGACGUCCCACGUUUUUCUGAUGGACAUUGAUUUCCUGCCUAUGUACGGCCUCUAUGAUUAUCUCAGGUCUUCCAUCAUGCAGCUGGAGCUGCCCCCAAAGAAGGUAGCACUCAUAGUGCCUGCAUUUGAGACUCUACAUUACCGCCUCAACUUUCCUAAAUCCAAAGCGGAGCUGCUCACCAUGCUGGACAUGGGCUCCCUCUAUACUUUCAGGUAUCAUGUGUGGCCCCAGGGCCAUGCUCCAACAGAUUAUGCCAAAUGGCGGACAGCCACAGUGCCGUAUCAAGUGGAAUGGCAACCACAGUUUGAGCCUUAUGUUGUAGUAAGGCGUGAUUGUCCCCUCUAUGACCAGCGGUUUGUAGGCUUUGGCUGGAACAAGGUGUCUCACAUCAUGGAGCUUGAUGCUCAGGAGUAUGAGCUGCUUGUCCUGCCCAACGCCUUCAUGAUCCAUAUGCCUCACGCUCCUAGUUUUGACAUCUCCAAAUUCCGCCAGAGUACUAGCUAUCGGAACUGCCUCCAGACUCUGAGGGAAGAAUUCCAUCAGGACCUGUCCCGAAAGUAUGGUGCGGCAGCACUAAAAUACCUCACCGCAGAGAGAAGUUUAUGAAUGGCAACCAGAAUACCAAAGGAUCGUGUGACCUGUAAAUGGACGAGGCUCAGACUUCUUGGAGAGAGACUCAUCAGAAGCCCAGUCCUCCUAGCUAUGGUGACCUAAUGGUACGGCCAUGCCUAGACUGUGAAUGGAAUUUUAGCCACGGCUGUCGUUCAGGGCUGUAUUUUAUGGCAAAUUCUAUUCUCAGAUUAACUAGGCAAAUUACAUUUGUAUGCAUCUGCCUCCUUUUACAGAUGGUUCCCAGAUUAAGAGGAAGUCAGAGGAAAAGAGAGGGAAAAUGUUUGGCUUAAGUGCUCUCCCUUUCUCACAUGCACUGUUUUAAUACAGCGCUUCUGUUCACCGACAUUCAGUGAUAGAAAGGAACAUUUUUGUUCAUAAUUGUAGCAUUUUUUUCUCUUUCUGUUUAUCAAAUAGCAAGGGCUGCCAUUACCGUCUUCUCGUGUCUUCUCUUUGCCAAUUGUUCUCUAGCCUUUGUUCUUAACAUAUUUUAUAAGAGAAGCGGCUCUAAUGACUCAAAUCAUAGAGCUGAAAGGGGCUGCCCUGUUCAGGGCAGGAAUCCAAAUUAAACAGACAGGUGGUUAUUUAGUCUUCAGUUGAAUGGAUCCAUGAAGGGAAGUCCACCAGAUUUCUGAGUAGUAUAAUUGAUUUGGACUGUCAAGUGACCUUCAGAAGCAAUCGACUUCUAAAACCUGUUGUUGGGUAAAGUUAGAAGGGUGCUGUUCUGCUUUUUGAUUUUCCUCUGGUUUUUUUCUUCUUUUUUAUAUGUAUCAGUUGGCCACUAUGGAAACUGAAUGGGGAACCUAGGUAAACUUCUUAUGAUGUUACCUAGUUUGGAUAAUGAAACAGCUGCAAGAAAACAAUCAAGCUCAGAGAGCACCAAGGACUCCUCAGAUCUUAUUUCUAGCCUCAUCCCCUUUCUCGUUUUGGCAUUUCCCUGAAAAUCAAAUUUGAAGCAAGACAAUUCAUUUCAUGUUAAUAUUGAUCUUUUUUUUCCCUACCUGCCUCUGAAUAUUUCUCAGCAUUUGCAAGAGAAAGGACCCUGUGUUUCUUACUUAUCUGUUUAGUUAUGGCCAUAUUGAUUGAAGAGCUUUUUGUGCUUAACCGUAUUCUAAAACAAGAACCAUAUGUCACGUGGGGAAAAAGAUUAAAUGAAAAGAAAUCCAUACAUAUUUGCUGAGAAUAUAUCACUAUAUACAGUGAUGUUUAAAAAAAUGGUGAACUCUUGACUUUUCAAUAGUUCUGUAUAAAUAGGAGCUAAAAUGUUAUCUGUUCUUCACCCAAUCCUAACACGAGAUAAAAAGAACUCAAUGAAACGAAUGAGUCAAAAUAUAGUACAGAUUCAUUGAUUUAUUGUGCACAGUGACCUAAAGGUACAUAUUUAUAUGUGACAAAUGAGUGCGAAAGUUUGCUUUCAGUAGCUAUCAUGCCUGCCACCCAAACCUGGGUAGCAGUAACUGCAACUAAACAUUUUCAACAAUUAUUACUGGUGGAAGUUUAGCCCAUUCCUCCUUAUGAAACAAGUUUAAUUUAGGGUUGUUGGCAGGUUUCCUUGCACGAGUUGCCUAUUUUGGAUCCUUCUACGAUGUUGUUGUUUUUUUGUAAAGUUUUUUUCCCACAACGUUUUUAUGUGAUUGAAAUCAAGACUUUGACUUGCCCUUCCAAACCGUUUUUAUGUCUUGGGUCAUCAUCUUGCUGCAUGAUUCACAUUCUCUUGAGCUUCAGUUCUGGGGCAUUUUUCUGUAUAAUUUGGUGGUAUAGUUCAGAAUUAUAGUUCCAUCGAUGAUGGCAAAUCAUCCUGGUCUAAAGGCAGUAAAGGAAACGCAAACAUCAUACCAGCACUGCACUUCACAAAUGGGCUAAAAUCCUUAUGCUGAAAUGCAGCAUUUGCCUUUUGCCAAACACUUUUGAUACAAGCUAAAAAGUUUCAGUUUUGAUCUCAUCCAUCCAGACAACAUUCAUCCAAAAGCCUUUGACUUAUCCAUGUGGUCUUUCACAAACCGUAGAGAGGCAGCAAUUGUUUUUAUUUCCUUUUUCAGAGUAGUGCCUUUCUCCUUACAACAUGCCAUACAUACCAUUGUUAUCCAAUAUUCUGUCAUGCUAUUCAUCAAUGCAAGAAAGGUCCAUGGUUCCUAAGGUGUUUCCUGGGGGCUCUUUCAGGCUUCCUGGAAUAUUUCACACCCUGCUCUUGUUCUUGGAAUGAUGCUUGGUCAACAACUCCUGGGGAGGGUAACAAUAGUUGCCUCCAUAUGAUCUGCCUGAUAGUGGACUGGUGAAAUACAAACUCUUUGGAAGUAGUUUUGUAGUCUUUUCCAAUCUGGUGAGCAUCAACAACGGUUUUUUGAAAGUCAUAGAAUUGUUUUUUAAAUAAGGUAGAACUUCCCAUGCUCACACCUGAUUAUCAUUACAUUGAUUUAACCACCUGACCCUACCUGUCUCUUCAAAUAAAUUGAUCAUCCUAGAACAGGUGGGUCAAACUGAGCCUCUGGUGGCUCAACAGACUAAUGCAGUCUGUUAUUAACACAGCUGCUUGCAAUUACUGCAAGUUCAAGUCCCACUAGGCCCAAGGUUGACUCAGCCUUCCAUCCUUUAUAAGGUAGGUAAAAUGAGGACCCAGAUUGUUGGGGGCAAUAAAAGUUGACUUUGUAUAUAAUAUACAAAUGGAUGAAGACACAGUGUAAGCCGCCCUGAGUCUUCGGAGAAGGGCGGGAUAUAAAUUCAAAUUAAAAAAAAAAAACUGGCGGACGGCGGGCCGGAUGCAUCAUAUGCAGGCCACGCCCAUCCCAGCUCUGCAAAGGGGAGAAAACUGUCAUGAUACAUCAUGUGAUGCCGUAGGUUUGACACCCGUGUCAUAAAGAGUUUCAUAUACUUUUGCCACACACAUAAAUAUGUAGAUUUGGGUCAUUUUUCUCAAUGUAUUAAUGAGCAAAUAUUUUCAACUCAUUUCUUAAUUGUGUUCUUAUCUAGUUUUAGGAAGUGCGCAGGAUGAUCUAGGAGACAUUUUAGAUCAUGUUUAUGCAGAAAUACUGAGAAUUCAAGAUUUCAUGAACUUUUUAAGCACUACUGUAAUACAGGUAGUCCUCGACCUAGAACAGUUCGCUUAGUGACCAUUUGAAGUUACAAAGGCACUGAAAAAAGCGAAAUGACCAUUUUUUAACACUUAUGACGGUUGCCGCAUCCCGGUGGUCACGUGAUCAAAAUUCAGACACUUGGCAACUGGCUCCUAUUUAUGACAGUUGCAGUGUCCUGAGGUUAUAUGAUCCCCUUUUGUGACCUUCUGACAAACAAAGUCAAUGGGGAAGCCAGAUUCACUUAACAACCAUAGUUACUAAGUUAACUACCGCAGUGAUUCACUUAUCAAAAAUAUCAUAAAAUAGAGCAAAACUCACUUAACAAAUUUUUCAAUUAGCAACAUAAAUUUGGGGCUCAAUUGUGGUUGUAAGUUGAGGCCUACCUGUACUGAGAUUUUGAACUAGGCUUGGCUAAGCAAAUGCUUUUGAAAAAUUUAAGAAGGUAUUUUUGAAAUAAAGUCUCCUUUCUGUUGCCUCUUUUCAUUGUUCCACCAUCUAAAAGUGGUGGCCGUGCCGUUAUGCCACACAGAAGCUCUAUUUGACUCCUCCACUCACGAAAUCACCUUAGUGCAGCUUAAUUUACUGCUCAGCACUGCCAAGCAAACUCUUUCCUCUCCCUGGAGGAAGGUGAAGUUCAUCCAAGGCCCUUCGUAUUUCCCAUCCCUAAAUUACAACAGAUUUCCCUGCCUCAGGGAUGGCGCUAGUGUUUCAAUUUAUAGGCAGCUGAAUCUUUGCAGUCUUGGAAGUCUUUUCUUGCACACUGUCACCUGUAUAGAUGCCUAGGGAAUCUGAUCAAAAAAUCAGAUUCAAAAAUCAAAGAACAUCCGUUUUUUGAUUGGAAAAACCUAAAGUUCCAAGAUGGUAAACAUUUGGCUUGCAGUACUUCAGAUGUUAUUAAAAAGAAGCAAUUUGGGACGUGUGUGAGCACGAAAGCCUCUUCCACUCAUUAAAGCAGCAUGGUCCUCGGGAUCAUGUAACUGCAGAAGUCCCCUGCAAACAGAAAUAGCUGUUUUAUUGAGUCACAGUCAGUGUAUUUGUACUGCUGUGUAUUCUGAAGCACAUCUUCUGAAUCAGAUCCAAGGACUGCACAACCCGUAUAACAAUGUGCUUUGAGUGAAUGCUAUGCUGGAUUGUUCAUUGGGAGCAGCUUCAACCUAGCACUUGUUCAUAGUUAUAAAACACUGGAUCACAAGGAGUUCGUUCUUCAGUUACUAUUUAUAUAAUUUAAACUGAUUUCUCACUACAUGUAAAUUGUAUGUCUUGAAUUUUCUAACAGUUCCUUUUUAGCUUUGUGUUCUGGAGAAUCUCCAGCACUUUCUGCUGCUAGGCUGUUUCUUCUGAUUUUUCUGGUAUUAAACUGGAAUGUAAAAGUGAUGGGACUGAAGUGUUCCAUCCUAAUUUAAGGUAGAGUCAUAUAAAUAUUGAUCCUAGUCCAAGUUGAAAAUUUAGAGAACUGGUUGUAUUUCUUGCCUUUUUUUAAAAAAAAUAAAUAAAAGUUUUUAGAAAUUA